AAUACGGGUUUCUGGGGUGGGAUUAUAUAUAUUUUCAUUUUUAUUAAAAAAAAAAAAAGAAAGAAAAAACCAUGUGGGGGGUGGGGUGGCCUUGGAAAUAGAAGUGUGUUUCAAGUCGAUUUAGGUGUAUUGUGUGUGGAUUGAGUUGUAUCUUUUUUUUGGAUUAGUAAUGGCAGCGGCAAGUGACAAACAUCUCAAUCUAUCCAUUUUGAUUUUUAUUUGUUAUUUUAGGGGAUGAUGAUGGGCGUAUUUCACGAGGGCAUUUCUUGAUCUGGGAUUUACUCAGAAUGUCCAAACAACCCAACUCAUAAAACCCAAUUUGAUCUGUUUCAACUUUCAGCACAAUAAAUUUGUGGUGAGUGAAAGAAAGAAAGAAAGAAAAAGAAAAAUGGAAUCUGGGAAUGGAUUUGAUUCAAGAUCAGGGUUUAAUUUGGACCCCAAAUGGCUGAUUGAUCCCAAGCUUCUUUUUGUUGGUCCAAAGAUUGGAGAAGGAGCUCAUGCCAAAGUGUAUGAGGGGAAAUACAAAAACCAGAAUGUUGCAAUCAAGAUUGUUCACAAAGGAGAAGCACCCGAAGAGAUUGCCAAGAGGGAUGCGCGAUUCGGGAGAGAAGUCGAAAUGUUGUCAAGAGUUCAACACAAGAACCUAGUUAAGUUUAUCGGAGCUUGCAAGGAACCGGUUAUGGUCAUAGUAACCGAGCUUCUACUCGGCGGCACAUUGAGGAAAUACUUGCUGAAUUUGCGGCCGAGGUGCCUCGAUACGCACAUUGCGAUUCAAUUUGCUCUUGAUGUCGCCCGCGCCAUGGAAUGUUUGCACUCGCAUGGAAUCAUACAUCGGGACCUUAAACCUGAAAACUUGCUGCUGACAUCUGAUCACAAAACCGUUAAGCUCGCCGAUUUCGGUUUAGCAAGAGAAGAGUCGCUGACGGAGAUGAUGACAGCCGAGACCGGCACUUAUCGUUGGAUGGCGCCCGAGCUCUACAGCACCGUCACGCUGCGACACGGAGAGAAAAAGCAUUAUAACCAUAAGGUCGACGCUUACAGUUUCGCGAUCGUGCUGUGGGAGCUGAUACACAAUAAGUUACCGUUCGAAGGCAUGUCGAAUCUUCAGGCAGCCUACGCUGCCGCCUUCAAAAAUGUCCGGCCGAGCGCGGAGAAUCUUCCGGAGGAUUUGUCCGUAGUCGUCACUUCGUGUUGGCAAGAGGAUCCCGACGCUCGCCCCAAUUUCAGCCGGAUAAUACAGAUGCUCCUUGAUUACCUGUCGAAAAUAUCGCCCGCGGAACCUGUUGUGCCGCCCCGGAUUUUCAUGUCCGAGAACGCGGUUUUUCUGCAAGAGUCUCCCGGGAUGAGUUCUUUAAUGGCGAAGAGAGGCGAUGGCUGCGGCACUCCGAAAACGUCGAUGGAGAACAAACCGAGAGGCCUUUUCUUCUGCUUUAAACAGUGCUAUUAAUCCAAAGGUACACAUAGAUACAUACAUAUGUGUAUAUGUAUGUAUGUAUCUAUAAAAUUUUCAUUUCUUGUCUUCCUUUUUGACCUGAUUCAAAACAAAGAGGGUUUCAAGGUUAUGGAGUUAGGGCUGCUGUGAUGGUAUUUUAGCUGUAAAAUAAGGUUCAUCCAAAAGCCUAUUAUACUCCAAAUAUGAAUAAUAAUAAUAAUAUUAUGCAACUUUGUAAUAAUAACAGAUGACAAAACACCUUUGUUUGUUUAUUCUUCUUUCAUACAUACAUUCAGAUGUAAUUGCAAGAAAAUCAUUUCGUUUUUCAAUGCUAUGCUAAUGGUAGCAUUCGGGAGUUAAAGUGCUGAUUAGGACUAAUUAAUAUACGAGCUAUUAUGUACUUCAUCAGUCUCAAAUGCCCUAGCUAUUAUGUACUUCAUCAGUCUCAAAUGCCCUAGCUAUUAUGUACUUCAUCAGUUUUUGUCUGUCUCAGACAUUUUCUAACGUUUCUAAAAUAGAAAAUAAUUAAAUAUAUUUAAUAUCUACUUCACAAUUUAUAUCAUCAUACUCAAAUAUAUACACUUUUUUUCUCUCAUCGUAUCAUUUAAUUUUCAAAUUAUCCUAUUUAAUACUCUCCAUCUAAAUUCUCAUACCAAAAAUAAAUGUUGCACCAUGUUUGGACGGACGGAGAGAGUACUAUUUAGCCCUAAUGA